AAAGAUGCACCUAAUUUUUCAGUAUCUGGAGCGUUGGUUGCUGAUGUUAAUUCAUAUAAAGGAGUCGUUUUAAAGUAUAGCGAACCCCCCGAGGCAAGAAAACCUACGGAAAAGUAUAGACUAUACGUCUUUAAAGGAAAAGAACAAGUUGAUAUGUUGCAUAUAUAUCAGCAAAGCGCCUUUUUACUGGGCAGAGAGCGACUUGUUGCAGACAUUCCAAUUGAUCAUCCAUCAUGCUCUAAGCAACAUGCCGUUUUACAAUUUCGACAGAUUGUUUCUACUGACGAAAUUGGCCAGAUUACAAAAUCUACAGUGCUUUACAUUAUAGAUUUGAACUCUGCCAAUGGAACAUUUGUAGGUGGAAAUAAAAUACCACCAUCUCGGUACUACGAGCUAAAACCAUUGGACGUGAUCAAAUUUGGCUUUAGCACACGAGAGUAUGUGCUUAUGACUGAAGACAUGGCUAAAUGA